AUGAUGACGUUGACGAUAUGCCGGUACACUUGUGAAUUUACGUCGUUAGACGCCCACUAAAGUAGGGAUUUGCAAUCCUUGAUCAUCGGCUUGAAUUUGGCGUAUUUUUAUUUAUUUUUUCUUCACAACGGAAAAACUUGCAUAAUCCAUCAUCAUGCAGUCGGCUAUGUGGAAAAUCCGUGAAUUAACGGACAAAGUGACCAAUGUGGUAAUGAACUACAGCGAGGUGGAGUCCAAGGUUCGUGAGGCAACAAAUGAUGAAGCUUGGGGACCACAUGGCACUCUUAUGUCGGAAAUUGCCAGAGAGACGUUCACAUAUGAACACUUUCCAGAAGUUGUUGGGAUGCUAUGGAAAAGAUUGCUCUAUGACAACAAGAAAAGUUGGAGGAGGGUGUACAAGUCAUUACUACUUCUACAGUAUCUUAUAUUGAACGGGUCAGAAAGAGUAGUGACCAGUGCAAGGGAGCACCUCUAUGAUCUCAAAGGACUAGAAUCGUACUCCUUUUUAGAUGAAUUCAACAGAGACCAAGGGUUGAAUGUGAGACAGAAGGUGAAGGAUAUAAUCCAGCUCGUUCAGGACGAUGAGAUCCUCCGAACGAAGAGGAAAGCAGCAAGGAAAUCCAAGGACAAGUAUACUGGUAUUGAAAGUGCAAAAGCUGCUGACACAGAUGAUUACAGUGAUCGCUACGAUCGUCAACCCAAGGCCAACUGGCUGAGGACCAAAGAAAAUGACAAGGAAUUGGACGAUGAAUGGAACAAGAAGACUGACAGAGGAAGACCGGGCGAGAGACGAGGAGGUGAAGAUGACGACGAAUCACCGCCAGAAUAUGCAGAUGAAGACACAGAUGAUGAAUCUUCACGGCCGCAACCAUCAAAGAAUUCUCGAUUCGAGUUCCAUGACGAAGAAGAGAAGGAGGAAAGGGUAACAUCGACAACGACGACGGAGAGGAGAACGAAGAUGACCAAGAAGCGAUCGGGGAAGAGGUUAGAUCUAGGGGCCGCCGCAUCGUAUGCAGCAGAAGCGCAAGAAGAUUCACCUAAUACACGGCAACAAAGUUCCUCCAACGAUUUAGUUACAGACCUAUUUGAUUCCGUCUCAGCCGCCCCCAUCACCAACUCAGCGCCGCCCUUAUCUCCGCGUGCGGGUCAGUUUGCGGAUUUCUCAUCAGCGGCGGCAAAUGAAAGCUUUGGGGACUUCAACCCCAGAGGCGACGCCCCAAGUGCCAAGUCACCCGCAGCAACAAACAACGAGUUUGCAGAUUUCUCAAGUUUUAAGAGUACCCCAGCUCCUGCCCCUGCUGCACAACCAAGUGACUUCCAGAAGGUCCAGCUAUCGCAGACGGUGACCCAGCAGACACAGAGCACCACCACGCUACAGAGCAACCUCAGUCUCCUCAGCUUGGAUGCACCACUUCAACCAUCAGGCACCAUCAACCACAUGCAGCCACAACAACAGCCCAUGAUGAUGGCACCACAGCAACCACUCAUGACCGCACCACAACCAACACAGCAACCUAUGAUGCAGCCACAACACGGCAACAUGGGCAUGUUGCAGCCACAGCAGUCGUUAGACUCGGACGUGCAGCAACCACAUAUACCAGACGGGCAGUUGCAUAUGCAGGCGCUGCCACUGCAGCAGCCUCAACCGAUGCCAAUGGGUGGAAUGAUGCCCGGAGGCGGUAUGCCCGGUGGCGGAAUGCCUGGAUACGAAAUGCCCGGUGGCGGUAUGCCCGGAUACGAAAUGCCCGGAGGCGGAAUGCCUGGAAGCGAAAUGCCCGUAGGCGGAAUGCCUCUCGGUGGAAUGCCCACUGACCAGCAAGCUCAGUACAUGUACUAUGCAGGGACUCAGCCUAUGAACCAGGGUAUGAUGGGACAGCAAGGCAUGAUGGGACAGCCAGGCAUGAUGGGACAGCCAGGUAUGAUGGGACAGCAAGGCAUGAUGGGACAGCAAGGCAUGAUGGGACAGUCUCCUAUGUCAUCGUCAGGGCAAACGACCCCGUCAAAAUCAAAAAUCUGGUCUGGCAGUAAGGUGAAUAUCAGCCUGGACUCCCUCAGCCCAGCAGACAGGUACAAGAAACAAUUACAACCCAGUAUGAACCAGCUGCAACAACAAACCGGUGUGGUGUCACCUGGUGGACCAAACUACAUGGUCAAUACGGCGUCCCCCGUCCAGCAGCAAUCAACCAACCCCCAGAUGGCUGGUAUGAUGGGCGGUACCCCUAUGGGACAAACAGGCAUGGCAGGUGGUACCAUGCAAGGUAACAUGGGUGGUGGCAUGAGACCACAGCAGCAGCAGCAGCCCAUGAUGAUGGGGCAGGCACCGAUGGGCAUGGCUGGCGGUAUGAACCAGAUGGGCGGCGGCGGCAUGGGCAUGCAGUUCGGUGCCUACGGUGCCAAGUGAGUACCGGCGGUGCCAAGUGAGCACCGACCAGCUCACGACAGAGAACCUUGAACUUAUAGAAAAACAGCACUAUCUUCCUACAAGACAGUCAUUACUGAACCGUGGAGAAACCAACGUCAUGCUUCAGGAAUCGGUGGUCCAUUCCUCCCUGGAUCUUACUUCAAGAUUCGAUGGUCAGGGCCCUGUUUCACAAAACUUUUCAUCAGUGACAAAUGACAGUUUUUGUUAUAAGCUACUGAAAUCCUUGCUUCUGAUUAGUUAUAAGCAGAUUUGUCACUGAUUUUUUUCAUUUGUCAUUGAAAAAAGGCUCUGUGAAACGGUUCCCUGAAUGUUGUUGCUGAAACCUGAAGGUAUCAUAGAGUCGGGAUAUAAGAUUAGAACAUUCGAAGAUCGUAUAAAAGUAUAGUAGGAAGCUUUAUUUAUAAAAUUUUAAUUACGACACAAAUGAGACAAUUAUGUACAUUAAACCUGGGGAACUUGAAUGUAAUUUAGGUGUGGGACCAGUAUCAAGUAGAUAUGAUUGUAAUGCCGAGAGUUAUAGUGACUACCAGGUGAUGAAUAUGAAGAUAAUUGUUCACUACCAAUCUGUUGAGAAUUAUGAAAAUAAUUGCUAGGAGUCCGUACAUAAACUCAGGAAGAUUAUGUUUUUUUGUGUGUCAAUCGUUAGAUAGGAGAAGAGUCUAUCACUUCGUCGGUUUAGUUUGAGCACUGCUUUCUCUGUCCAUGGAAGUUUAACGAAAUGACAGUGAGAUCUUAAUUGAGAAGAGCCUAGCUGUCUACCGCUUCACUGUGUGCUGAAUCUUCCUCAGGCAAAUGAUAGCACACAUGUAACAACAGAUAUUCCUUUUUAUGUGUGUGUGAAUGCAUUGGGUCAUACAUGUGUGCAUGUAUUUGAUCAGGAUCCAUUCAAUUCUGCAUCAUGUGUGUGUGUGUGUGUGCGCUCGGAAGGAACGUAUUAGUGAAUCGACACUGCUCUUAACAACCUCUGCUCAUAUUGUCCCGACGGAAUAAGUCUCAAUCAGUGCCUUGAUAUGUAGUGUGAACCAUGAUUAUGUUAAGUUUCAAAGAAAAUGAAAACAAAAGAGGACAAUUCUUCAGAUACUUCUUAACCGUAUAAGCAUUACAUUAUUGAUUCUUAAGUAAUCGUUAACAAGACAAAUUUUUGUGGGUGUUGUUUUUAGAAUGUCUGUACAGCAAAACCCGAAAUCUUUGAGACAUUAAACUUUGCUAAUCGUAAGUGGUGGCCAUUUUCCUGGCUAGAAGUUGUCACAAAUUGCUAAAAACUUCAGUGUCGUGUCAAUUGUAAAUGUAAUUCACCAAUAUAUCGACAUGAAGCUUUUGCAAUUCUUAACCACUUGUGCAAUUCCCGAAGAUUUUUGCAUACAAAUGUUUCUGGUUUUACUGUCAUUAGUGAUUUAUUGAGGAGUAAAGAAUUGACAUUCCAAACUUGACAAGGUUGCAAUCUUCUGAUAAAUAAGUGAAAAUUAACUUCAAGUUUAGCUCAAUGGAGUUAGCUUAGAGCACAUGUGCGUUGUUGGAUUCCCACGGCAUUAGGUGGUGUGAUGUAAUGCUAGGAUAUAAAACUAGUCUUUCGAUGUUUAACAAUGAGGUAGAGAACGUUAGAAUAGGAGAGAGAGAGAGAAGGGGGAGGAUGCUAUGUGAAAUCAGUAUUGCUGUUUUAGUUAUGUAUCUGCACUUAGGAAUAUGUUUUAUAUUUGAGACUGUGUUUUUGUUCAAUUUUAGACAUUGCAUCAACAUGUAAGCGACUUGCACAUUUGUCAGGGGCAAAGUCUGGAUGUGAUGAUGAUGCUGAUGCACGCAAGUGUCCUUGUACAUGUGAUGUGACACUUUUAUUCACAAGUUUGUUGAUUAUGUGUAAAUGUGAUUUUAGAACGAAUAGAAAUUACUUCAAUUAUGAAGCACAA